AUGCCGUCGCAAUAUCCUUCGAUUCAGAGCUUUUUUCGAAAGGAGGUUAAGGGGGGUGAAGGAGCGUCUGCGUUGGAUGUGGUGAGAGACCAGAGGGGAGGAGAUGGGAAUGGGGAUCAAAUGAGUGAUGGGUUUGGUAGAGAUGGUGGUGGAAAAAUUGAUGGAGCGGAGAGGGACAGGAAAGAUGGAUUGGGAGAUGGAUUUACGGGAGAAGAAUUACAUGAGUCAAUGGAUCCUUUGGCUAAAACGUGGAAUCCGAGUAGAGAGUAUGAGAGUAUGACAGUGGGAGAAUUGAUGUCUGGUCCAAAAGCAGUUACAUUCAUAGGUAGAGUUGUCAGUUUCGCGACAAUCAUUGGUAAAAGUGCCAAACAACCAAGAGCUAGGGGGUGGCAUUAUGUUGGUGUUAGGGGAGAGGGUGGUGUUGUUUCGAUAAAACUGUACUUCGCAAACCAAUCUUACCCCCUCAAAUUAGGUCAACUUCUCUCAAUCUGGACAGCCUUCAUAUCUGAUACUUCGAAAGCCGACAGUGCAUCCACAGCUGGUAUUCUCGUUUGCGCAAACCUAUUCCCAGGUCGCAAUACAAGUGAUCACUUGAUGAUUCAUACUCAUUCCGGUGCUGCAGACGUCUGUCGUAUUCCUCUCGGUUACAUCAAGGGCGAACCAUUACCUGGGCUCAUGACAUUGGAAGCAUAUCUAAAUGGAGGGUAUGAUGGAGUUCUGGAUGUGAAAUUACUCGUUUGUGUGAAGAGUAUCGGAGCCAAGAAGAAGAUUGUCAAAAAAGAUGGAGGGGAAUCAGAUUUGGUCGAAGUAGUCUUCUUUGAUCAUACUGGCGAGGUGAAAAUGAAAUGUUGGUCGGAUUUAAUCGAGAGUGUGAAGGAAUGGGUACCAGGAAAAACUAUCUUGCUAGUUUCAAAUCCGAUACAUAAGCUUGAUUAUGGAGGUAAAGGGAUAAUCGGUUGGGGAAGAAAUACAAUGGUUGAUGUGGAACCGGAAUUUGCAGAUGCCAAUUGGCUGAGAAAAUGGGCAAAUGUAUUAAUGAGGAAAGAGAGUAUAGGAGUGGAAUUUCCAAGUGAAGUUUGGGGAGAGGAGGACAUUGAGCAAGCAAUUUAUGGACCUAGAACGGCAUUAUUUGGACUGAGGGAUGUGGAGGAGUGGGUUAGAGGAGGAGAGGGAGAGCCUUUCACAGGGUGGAUUAGUGUUGUGUUGGUAGAAUUGAGCUUGGUGAAGAUUUGGAGGAGGAAUAUGUUGUUUUGUGGGGAAUGCUGCGGUAUACAACUCUACUCCCCCACCCCCAAUUUCGAAUGUCCGCACUGCGGAAAAUCUCUACAACUCAUUACGAAUCCGAAAAUCAUCACGAUGUUAAUCGAUGAAACGGGAAUGAUCAAUGGAGGGAAAUUAGUCUGGAGUGAGAAGGCGUGGAAAGAGUUACUGGGCAGAGAGACGGCAGAACUUUGCGAGAUGGUUGUUGAAGAGGUGAAGAUGCUGGAGUGUAGAAUGGUGGGAUUGAGAGUUAGUUUGUGUUUUGGAUGGGUGGGGGAUGCUGGGAGAGGGGGAGAAAGAGAGAGAGUUGCAGGGAGAUUGUGCGUUUUGGGGGUUAGAUGUUGAGUGCGGUCUUGUGGUGAGCGAGUAUGGAGUGGAUGGAUGAGAGUGGGAUUGGGAUAUGAUGGGAUGUAAUGGGAUGGCUAGGGGGUUUGUGGAGGUCGUUUGCUAAAGAUGGUAAGAGUGCUAGAGCUUGUGCUUGUGCUAUCUGCUUAUAUGUAUGCAUGGAUACUCAAAUUCUGCACCAAGCAUACCUAAAGCCGAAAGGAAAGGAAAGGAAAGGUAAAAAGCAAUAAAUUCGCUAGCAAGAAUCUGGUCUUCACUACUAGGUAUAUAUGUGUAUUGAUAUUCUAAUCAGUAUUUGUUCAGUAUUUGUGAGACUUACAUUUU